AUGUCGCGGACUGAUAGGAUGCCUUCCGAUCUUAGCAGGACCGGGCCGGUCGAAAGAGACAUCGAGCAGGCUAUUACUGCUCUGAAGAAGGGGGCAUACUUGCUCAAGUAUGGAAGAAGGGGGAAGCCUAAGUUUUGUCCCUUCCGUCUUUCCAAUGAUGAGUCAGUUCUAAUAUGGUUCUCUGGGAAAGAGGAAAAGCACCUUAAGCUAAGCCAUGUGUCUAGAAUUAUUACUGGGCAACGCACCCCAAUCUUUCAAAGGUAUCCACGCCUUGAGAAGGAGUAUCAGUCAUUUUCUUUAAUAUAUAAUGACAGAUCACUAGAUUUGAUUUGUAAGGAUAAAGAUGAAGCUGACGUAUGGUUUAGUGGUUUAAAAAGCAUUGAUAUCCCGCAGCCAUCAUCGAAAAUUGAGAACAGAGUCAAGGAGAUAGUGCAGAUCACCUUCGCCUUCAUAGUCCAUAUGAAAGUCCUCCUAAAAAUGUCUGGAUAA